AUUUCCCGCGUCAAUUAUAAUACAAAGCGCCCGGAUAUUAAUAUACAUGCGCAACAAAGUUCUUUUAUUCGCACCGGUUAGUCAAAGAAAGAUACAGAACAAAACUGAUAAAUAUGUCGUCAAAACACGCAGAAGAUGAUCCCAUAGACGAGGAAGAGGAGGCGGAGGAAGAGUUCACUGUUGAGAAAGUGGUUGAUGUACGAGUCAAAAAUGGUCGUAAAGAAUAUCUUCUUAAAUGGAAGGGAUAUCCUGAUUCUGAAAAUACGUGGGAACCAGAAGCCAACCUUGACUGUCCAGACUUGAUCGCAGAAUAUGAAACGAGUAGAACAGAGAAAAAGAAGAAAGAGGCAGAAAAGAAAAGAAAGCCAAAUGGAGAAGUGGACUCUGGGUCAUCGAGAAAGAAGAAGAAAGUUGCAGAAGUGAGAACUGGUGGUGUUGAAGAUGAUAAUAAGCCAAGGGGAUUUGACAGAGGUUUACAACCAGAAAGAAUAAUUGGUGCAACUGACAGCUCGGGAGAACUCAUGUUUUUAAUGAAAUGGAAAGACAGCGAUGAGGCGGACCUUGUACCUGCACGACAAGCUAACGUGAAAUGUCCCCAGAUAGUGAUUGCAUUCUACGAGGAAAGACUGACAUGGCAUAAUCAUAACGACGACGAUGAUAAGGAUGGCUCUUAACUUUUUAUGUUUCAUCCGAGCAUAAAGAUGGCUCUUAAUCUUUAUGUUUCAUCCAUGUACUGAACUCAUCAAACUUGCAAUAUCAAAUCAUCCACUGUCAUUGUGUUCAUGUUAUAUAAUUACAUUUUUCUUCUUUCUUUUUUUUUUUUUUAAGAAAAAAAAAAACUUAAAAAAAUAAUUCAUGCAUUAUAAAUGUCAAAAUCUAUUGGGAAAGUUUUGUUUUGUUUUUUAAUGAUAAUAAUUUCAAACAAGGUUUUUGUGUAAAAUAUUUUGUUGCUUCUUUGAAAGCUUUGUUGAUAAUUUGAUAUUUUAAUUCUGUAAAAAAAAAUGGAAAUCCUGAUUUCUGAAAAAUGGUGAAAGUCUGAACUUCUUGUUAAUCAAAUGAUUUGGUUUUGAAAUUAAAUAAAUACCCAUAAGUGAUUAUGUGACAUGUAGCGUGAAGUCGUGAACUUAAGUGUAUACUAAAGGGUCCAUAGCGCUUCAUUAAGGUGUACAAUUUUAUGUUUUUACAGUUUGUAGAUGUUUUAGUUACCAGGGGUUUCUUUGCAUCGAGGCAAAAGGCAAACAAGGGAGUUUAUUUGAAGACCUGUAAGGUAUAAAUUACACACUUCUUGCUCUGAAGCCUUCUUUUGAUAUAUGCUGCAAGCAGUAGUUGAAUAAUUUUUGUGUGUUUCAUUUCGUCUUAUGUGUGUAAAAGAAAUUUUAAGUGCUUUGUUGAAAUUGUCUGACUCCCCCAUUAAUGGCCUGUCAUGUAUAUAUAUAGUCUGCCCGCUUAAUUCAGUUAGGAAAUGUUCAUGUCUUGGGGUGCAACAACCUUUUUCUGAAAGUUUAUUGGCAUUUAUUAAGUGUAAUGUCUUAAAUGCAACUGCACAUUCAUGGACAGGAGCUUUCAGGAAUUUAAUACUCAAAUAAGACUGCAUAUAAAGUGACGGAAGUCAUUAUUAAUACAGGGCUUUUUAAAGAUCUUCUGACAUUUUUAAAUUUUAACGAUGUUGGUAAAUGUAGAAGAUAGUUAUUGCCAAAAAUAUAUUGAGAGUAAAAAAAUGUGAUAAGUACUGGCACUGAAUCUUCAGUAUUACUUGCUGAUUACAUAUGACUAAAGUACUGUAUAUAUGUUAGACCCAUGUAAACAAAGCAAUUUUCUCUAUAUUCAUCAUGUUAACAUUCAUUCAUCUAAUGCUUUGAAUCAUGUGACAGAUUUAUUAUUCAUUUAACUAUCACAACCCAGGUAUCUAGUAAGCUAGAGAGAAAAGACUUGCUGCCAAGUUUGGGUUUUAUUUGUUUUUGUUUUUUGUCAGUUAAUAAUCAAUUUGAAAGUGCUCAUGGUUUAUGAAAGAUUUUAGAUUUUCAGUGCUUGGCAAGGGUUUAUUUUGAAAAUACCAAAAUUGAUAUUUGGAGUAAUGAUUGAUAUAAAAAGGGUAUAGACUAUAGUUCUGAAAGAUAGUAUGUUUGAAAGUUCUCAAAAAUCAUAAAUUGUGUUCUGUAAUUUUACCAAUUUUAUAUUGAUUACGAUGGUCAAAUUAGGUGGUUCUACUUGGGGUGCCUG